CGUCAUGCCCAAGAAAUGAAAGUGAAAGCAAUACAAAAUAAAGUCUUGCCUGAUGUGUAAAGACGAAUGAGAUUUCCAUUCUGUAUUAUCAACUAAAAUGUCAUUACGUGGGUUUGGCAAUAGUUAUCUGGAAAAUGAGGAAGAGGAGGAGGAGGAAGAGAACUAUGAGCAGAGCACUUCUAGUCAGUCUGCCUCGGCCAGGGGGAGCCACUUUGAGUGGCAGCUGUAUGAAGGAGAGAGAUGGCUUAGUAUUGGCAAUGACCAUGUGAUCGAGACCCACUACUGCCAGCCUGGGGCCAAAGGAAUGAACAUCUACCCAUCACACAUGGGGCAGGUCUAUAUAGAUUUUGAUCAGAUUGAGGCUCAAAAUGCUGCCAUGGGUGUACGGCGACUCACGUUCCUACCUCAGGGUCAAAGUGAAGACAUCGGGUGGUAUUUCAAAGACGAUAUGAUAUGGCGUGAAUACGGUUCUUUGGGUCCAGGUCAAGGCUCGUCCUCAGUCAGUAGUGGUGAUGUGGAACGACAGUACAUCCUCAGACCUCAGGGGACCUUCCACUUCACUGCGGGGAGGAACAGCUACACGUUAGACUUCACAGCUAUGACACAGACCAAUUCAGCCACCCGGGUACAGAGAAACGUCCGGCGGCGUCCAAAGUUCAACUCCGUCGUCUCAGGGAAUGGCAGCGUAUCCAUUGCCCAAUCAGCCCCCACUGUAAUUACCUCACCACCUCCCUCUGCUGGCUACACCUGGGAAUUCAUGGAUGAGGAGGGAGUGUGGAUAGAAUACCAGACUCCAAGUUGCUCACUGGGGAGUGCUGGGAUUGAGAGACGCUACCAGAAGAACCCUAAGGGACAGAUACGCUUCAAAGCUGGGAGAUAUUCCUACACCCUCGACUUCUCAGGCCUGUGUCAGACCAACGUUCGCAUCGGGACCAAAAGAAUUGUGAGGAGAACUCAAUGUGAAGCUCAACAAACAAGCAGUGGAGGAUUGGGUUUACAGUCCCGUUGGCAGUUUCAAGACGUGGAUGGAAGCUGGAAAGACUUUGCCAAAACGAGCGACACCUGCAGUGUAUCCAGCCAGGACAUUGAAGCCCAGUACCAGCAGAACCCAAAUGGAACUAUGAACUUCACUACCAGGAGAUUCAGCUAUCAACUGGACUUCUCAGGUAAAUACGUCAUCUUCUCAGAACAAGUGCCUAUAGCAGGGGGAAUUCAUGGCACUUGUCAAACUUCAGUUAGGAACUUGUCAAACUCAUUCCCUGGAGGGCCUAGUGUCAGCUGGUUUUUCCUUGUAAUUAAGACCUAAACCAGGUGAGGAGAGUUCCAUUCUAAUCAAUGACUUUCAUUUAUCAGUCAAGUAUAAGGGAGGAUCGAAAACCCACCGAAACUCAGCCCUCCGUGGAAUGAGUUUGACAAGUGCCUAACGGGUGAAGGAUAGCGAUUGGUUGAAGGUUGAGGACUAGUUUAAUUGAUUUGAUGAAUCCAAACUCCAAGCCAAGUGUUUCCUGUGUUGGAGAACAUUAUUGUCAUGACCUAAUAGUUGUUAGAUUUGUCUUUCGCAGCCCUGACCCAAAGAAACCUGUCCACUCUGACCACCCGAUCUGUUCGACGCCUGAACUAAUCACUGCCCACGACACUGUCCUCUGUCAGAGGCAAAGUGCAAUAUCCUGGCAGUGGAGGCUGGUGGGAGGAGCUAUAGGAGGACAGGCUCAUUGUAAUGGGUGGAACGGUAUCAAACACAAACACAUGGAAACGUUUCACUCCGUUUCUUUCAUUCCAUUCCAGCCAUUCCAAUGAGCCUGUCCUUCUAUAGUUCCUCCCACCAGCCUCCACUGUACCCUGGGUGCAUCUCAAUUGUCUAAAGUGGCUUCCUCUCAACCCCAUUUCUUCAUGUGCACAGUGAAGACGAAGUCACUGUCUGGUACUGAGAUGGAACCCCUUCCAUUCCACUUCUUCCUAAAAAUGAAACUUGUUUACAUAUGUAUUCAUGUAUUUCCUGUUAUUUCUUCGACAUUGUGCAUAUACUUAAAAACCAAUACUGUUAUUAGAAAAGUAGCUUCUGACAAUCUGCACAAUACUUUAAAAAAAAUGUGAUCUGUAGAAAGAACCCUCUCACUGCCAAUGGUACAAAAGGAACAAGCCUUUUGUACAUGUUCUAGCAUGUACAUUUUCUCAUUGUCUUUAGUUUAAAUAAAGCUGAUUUUCAAGUA